UUUUCGUCAAACGAGCAUCUUUCAUCGCACCAGCAUGUUGGCCCUGCGAAUCGCCCGCGCCCGCCACGUCCGCAUCGCGAAUGUUGCGUCUGUCAUCCGCACUGCGUCUUCGGCUGCUAGCGGCGGUAAAGCCAAGUUUCAAUCUGCCAGAGACGCUGCUGAAGGAGUGAGUUACACCCGCGGAUUGUUCCUUGGAGUGAACAACGCCAGACUGGCAUUUCCAUUCCCAAAGUUGUCGGCAGACGAAUCCGAGACGCUUCAAUCCCUUGUGAACCCCGUAGUGAAGUUUUUUGAAGAAGGAAUUGAUGCCAAGCUCAUUGAUGACACCAAAAUUAUCCCUGAAGAAACCUUGAACAGCUUGAAGGAAAUGGGGUUGUUUGGGUUGCAAAUUCCUGAAGAAUUGAAUGGUCUGGGACUGAGCAACACCGGGUAUGCCCGUGUGUGCGAAGAACUUUCCGACGCGUCGAUCGCUGUGACGAUCAUGGCCCAUCAAUCCAUUGGACUCAAGGGGAUCCUGCUCAACGGGAACGAAGCCCAAAAGGCCAAGUACUUGCCAAAACUCGCGACGGGGGAAAACUUGGCCGCGUUUGCGCUGACAGAACCGAGCAGCGGAUCCGACGCGCAAUCGAUCAAGACCCGCGCGGUGUUGUCGGAGGACAAGUCUCAUUUCGUGCUGAAUGGAAGCAAGAUCUGGAUCAGUAACGGCGGGUGGGCCGAAGUCAUGACUGUCUUUGCGCAAACGGAGGUCGAUGGCAAGGACAAGGUCACGGCGUUCAUUGUCGAGCGGUCGUUUGGGGGCCUCACGAGCGGUCCACCCGAAGACAAGUUGGGCAUUCGAGGGUCGAACACGUGCCAAGUGUUUUUCGACAAUGUCAAGGUGCCAGUGGAAAACGUUUUGGGCGGAGGGCCGGAUGGCAAGACAGGUGGCCUCGCUGGCGUCGGCCAUGGGUUCAAGGUCGCGAUGAACAUUUUGAACAACGGUCGAUUUGGCAUUGGCGCAGCGUCGGGCGGGCAGUUGCGUCGCGUGAUUGCGAUGGCAGCAGAACACGCAUCACAACGAAAACAGUUUGGGGCGACUUUGUCUGAGUUUGGUCUGAUCAAGGAGAAGAUUGGAAACCUCGCGCUCAGCACGUACGCCAUCGAGUCCAUGGCGUACAUGACGACGGGAAUGAUCGACCGCGGGGAUCCGUUCUGCGAGAUCGAAGCAGCCAUGUGUAAAGUGUAUGGAUCGGAAGCAUCGUUUGAAGGCAUCAACGAAGCCAUUCAGAUAAUGGGCGGCACGGGCUUCAUGCGCGACUGGCCCUUUGAGCGCUACAUGCGCGACGCUCGGAUUUUGUCCAUCUUUGAAGGCACGAACGAGAUCCUGCGAAUGCUGAUUGCCUUGAGUGGCAUCAAGACCGCCGGAGAGCGUUUGUCCGCUGUCGGUAGCUUGUUCAAGAACCCGUUCAGUGACCCUGCUGCAAUCGCAUCCGAGAUCUCGUCGCGCGUCCAGAAGAAGAUUUCGUCCCCUGGUACGCUGGAGGGCGUCCACCCGAAGCUCAAGCACGCGUCGGACUUGCUGCAAUCGCGAACGAUCGAGUUUGGAGAUGCCGUCGAGUCUCUGUUGAGAAAGCACGGCAAGGGCAUCGUCAACGAGCAACUGCAGCUGAAGCGAGUCGCCGAUGCGUCAAUCCAGCUCUUUGCCAUGACCGCGACAAUCUCGCGUGCGUCAACAGCGCUUAACGACAAAACCCCCACUGCCGCCCACGAAUUGGCUCUGACGCAGUUGCAUGCUGACAUCGCGUCGGACAAAAUAAUCAAGAACCUUCGCGAGAUUCAAACCCACAAGAAGAAGGACAUCCAGCUCAAGGCCAUUGCGGACGAAGUGUUUGCCCAGUCCAAGUACAUUCCGUCCCACCCCACUGGAGUGAACUCGUAAAUGCUCAUCUAAUGAUGGAACACACGCACUACCUUCCCCUUCCGCAUUCGUGUCCUGCGAUGCGGUUCCAAUUCAUUGCGAU